AUGAAUGGCGAAGAGAGAAUUGGCACUACUGAUGAGCUUCUCCGUGCGCACGCUCACGUUUUGAACCAUACAUUCGCUUUCAUAAGCUCAGCCUAUCUGAAAUUUGCAGUUCAGCUGGGCAUACCAGACAUCAUUCACCGCCAUGGCCAACCCAUGAAGCUCUCCCAGCUGGUUGCUUCUCUUCCUGCUCUCAACCCCUCCAAAUCCCACUGCAUCCGUCGCCUCAUGCUCGUGCUAGCUCACAAUGGGUUCUUCGUUGAGCUGAAAGCCGCCGACGCCGGAGAGGAGGAAGAAGCCGAGUACACGCUCACGCCGGCCUCCCAUCUCCUCUUGAGGACUACACCUGCUAGCGUGUCGCCAUUCGUGCUCUUUAUUCUCCAUCCUCUCAUGGUCAAGCCAUGGAAUUGGCUGACUCCAUGGCUGGGGAACGACGAUCCCACCACGUUCCUGACGGCGAAUGGACGAACGAUUUGGGAUUGCGCCGGACAGGACCCUUCCUUUAACAGUCUUUUCAACGAGGGCAUGGAGAGUGAUUCCCGUAUGAUGGCGUCUGUGGUGAUCGAGGAGUGCAGAGGAGCCUUCGUGGGGCUUAGCUCGUUGGUCGAUGUGGGGGGCGGCACCGGGACGAUGGCUAAGGCCAUUACGGAGGCAUUCCCAGAGAUGAAGUGCACUGUGCUUGAUCUUCCUCACGUUGUUGACAAGCUGCCAGGGAGAAAGAACUUGUUCUUCACUCCUAGAAACAUAUUUGAGGCCAUCCCCCCCGCAAAUGCAAUUUUACUCAAGGCAUACUAUUCCUCGUUCUGUGAGCAAGCGCAAUAG